CCCGGGCGAGGGCCCAGAUGCCGAAACCGAUCAAAAAAGCAUCCCGUCGUGAUUGUUCCACAACGUGACGUGAGGAUGCCAAGGGAGGAAGAGGACGACGGGGGGCCACGAUAAGAGGCUGGUCGAGCUCGCCACGGGACCGCUCGUUCACAGGCGGCGGCUUCCAGCAAGGAAUUUGAGCCCUGGCGUGCAAAAUUAAAGAAAAAUGACGUCUCGAAUUCAACCAAUGCUGGCGAAGGAACGCCCGAGGAGGGGCCCGCAUGAUCAGGGGCGACGUUGGGAGGGGAUGGGAUCAGGGGGGGGCGCGUCGACCCACUAUUGCCCACUCAAUCCGAGAAGGCCCCGGCAGCCCACCCCAGGAGCGGUGGGCUUCGCUACCUGGGGCACAUCGUCGCUCCAUCGGCGAUGCAUCGCCUGUUGCAGGUCGAUGCUUCCCCUCCCGAGCUGGUCCCCCCUCGCGCCUUGAAAGCAUCACGACGGACUCCGGGGGCCUUCGCCAGCCCCCGGGACCGUAAAAACACCCGCUCGGGAUGCGAAGCCGGCCCAAGGCAGCGGGCCGCGACCUGCGGGGGCCCGCGUUGUGAGAGAGAGGCACGGCGUCGGAGGUCUGAGGCGCCAGGGCAGGCCGAGGAGGAGGAGGGGCAGCAUCAGGAGGAGGAGAGGAAGGCAACCAGCCUGGGAGCGCGAGUGGUAUCAGAACGAGCGCCUCGGCGGAGGAGAGGGAGCCCCUCUGGCUGGCUCGGAGGGCCAAACGCUCGCUCCGUCGGGCAAAAAAAAGUCACACGAUGGCUUCUCCCGUCCUGGAGUUGAGCCCCCUUGCAGCACGCUCUGUCUGAAGGAUCUGCGAGGACAACGCGCUGCGAUGAGAGCUCCGACCUUUGCAUCUGGCGGUGAGCCCGCGACAGGACCAAGGAGGCAGAUGAUGAAGAAGAGGAGGCAACUGUGGCAGACUUACGUCGGACAUGCCCGACCUAACAUGAAACGUGCACACUUCGGGCUGGGCGAAAGGGGGGGGAUAGCAAAGGGGGGGUUUGAGAAUCAGCUCACGUAGCUGAUUUUCCCGGCGCCUUCCGGCGCCGGGAGGCGGCCAUGUAUCCAGGAACGGGCCCCUCGGUGGGGCCGAAACCAGGCGCGUGCAGCAGAUUUCGUACCCCACCCCUUUCCCUAUCCCCCCCCCCCCUUGCGUCCGGCCCG